AUGAAUUCUAUUCCAUAUGCAUCAAUAGUUUGGAGCUUGAUGUAUGCCCAAACAUGUACUCGAUCAGAUAUCAGUUUUGUCAUUGGUAUGUUGGGUCGAUAUCAAAGUAAUCCUGAAAUGGAUCACUGGAAAGCUGCAAAGAAAGUUCUUAGGUACUUACAAGGCACCAAAGAUUACAUGCUCACUUAUAGAAGAUCAAAUCAACUUGAAGUGGUUGGCUACUUAGAUUCAGGCUUUGUAGGGUGUGUGGACUCUAGAAAAUCCACAUUUGGAUAUGUUGAGCAGUUCAUCAUUACUACCUCUAAUAUGGAGGCAGAAUAUGUGGCAUGCUUUGAGGCCACAAUUCAAUCAUUGUGGUUGUAG